AUGGCUGAAGACGCGCCAUCAUCGUCGAAUGCUCCCUCCCAGGGGGAGAGCCCGCUGGCUGUCAACAUAUCGAUUAUCUCCCCUUCGCUCGCUGUCAAUGCCCCACUGAAUUUCACUGGUCUCCCGGCCUCUACGACUAUUGGUCAGCUCAAGGAGAAAAUCCGUGAAGUGUUGGAUGCGAGGCCGGCCAACGAGCAGCAGCGUCUGAUUCACCAGGGCAAGCUACUAAACCGGGAGAGCGAGACUCUGCUAGACAUUUUUGGAGAGCAAAAGCUUCGCGCCUCGGACCAAGUGGCCAUCCACCUCGUCAUCCGGGACUACGUCGACCCUCAGCACGCCUCCAGCCAGGGCGCACCCGCCCGUGACCAGAGUCCUGCGCCGAACACUGCGUCCCGUCCAAACGCCCCUUCUGUCCUCAACUCCGCAGCCACACCUCAACAUCACCAUCAUCCUGGCCACCACCACCAUCAUCUCCCUCCUCGAUUUGGAGGCCCGACACCACAUGCAGGCCAAACCCACUCGCCAUUCCCCGUACACGGAUUGGGGGCUGCGCCUCCGGGGAACCAGACAAGCGCACAACUGGUUGCUCAGCAGCAGCAGCUGAUGCAACAAUAUCUCAAUCAGCUGAACCAGCGACCAGGAGGGCACCAUGGCCAACAAGCAAGGGCCUCCGUUGGUUUACCAGGCCUGCCAGUGCCCGGCCAGGCAAUCAACCCACAGUUUCCUUCGAAUCACGGCCAAGGAAGAAACAGCCCUCACCCAGAAUAUCAAGGUUAUGUGCGAGAAACUGUCGGUCCAAACGGUGAAGUAGUUCGCGUGACGAUGAACUCGGCAUUCAUCGCUCCGAAUGGGCAGGUCUUUCCCGUGAAUUUCCAGAACCUACAGCAGGGCAAUGGAGGUUCGCCAGCACCGGCGCAUGGGGGUCCUUUUUCGACGAACGAUGUGCAAAACAUAAUUCGCAAUGCCGAUGCCAGCCAGGCGACAUCCAUGAUGACCAAUGCUAUGCAUCGAAGCGCGUCCGGCGCUUCUCUUGCAAACUUGAAUUUGAAUGGCCAACGGCAACCGAUUCAAACCCCCGGAGUCACAGUGCCUAGGAGGCCUGGUUCUACGGUUCCUCUGAGUAGGAAUGCCACACCCGAUCCCACUAGGACUUCUAGCCACGGAAGCGUCUCAGCGCCCCCAGCGAACCCUGCCAUGAGAAUGCCAACUUCAAACCAACCUGAGGUGUAUAUACUGAACUCACCACGAGGACCUCGGGCCCUGCUCGUCAAUAAUCUUUCAGAAAUGUACUACACACCCGCACCACGAUAUCACUUGCCUCAGAUCGUACCCAAUUUCACGUCUGCGUGGCUCCAACCGCCGCCAACUCAACCACGUCCGGGUUUUGCUACAGAUCACGCACAGCAAGCUGCCCAACCGCAACCUGUCGCCGCACAAGCUGAGCACCAGGCGCCGCAAAAUGGCAAUGUUAGAGUGCAUUAUCCCCAAGGACCUGCAGCACAGCGACAGAAUCAGCAACAGCAAGUUCAAGCGCGCCCGCUUGCACCCGGCGGCCCGCAGUUUCACCCAGCCAACCCGGAGGGGGGGCUGGCAGGGGCACUAUUUGCCGCGUUGUGGCCGCACAUAUGGCUGUUGAUAAGGCUGGGCGUCUUCGUAUGGUGGUUUACGUCCUCAGAUACGAGCUGGACGCGUUGGUUCACCAUCAUGGCUAUUGCCACGGCCGUUUUCCUCGUCAACACGGGUCUUCUGAAUGGGGUGGCCCACAACAUCUUCAACCCUGUACGGCAGCAUCUCGAUGGACUGAUCCCACUGGGUGCUCCUGGUCCAAAUGGAAACCGCGAGGCAGGCGGCAACAAUGCUCCAGCGGCAAACCAAGCAGCAGUUGGAGGCGGCGACAAUGAUAACCGAGAACGACAACCGCAACCCGGACAGCAGCAAGGCGGGCCGGACCCCGCCCAGGCUGCCGCGCGAUUGAUGGCUCAACGACAACAACAGAAUGCGAACUGGUUUCUCGAUCAGGUUCGUCGUCUUGAACGGGCAGGCCUUCUGUUUCUGGCCAGCAUCGCUCCAGGGGUGGCAGAGCGGCACAUCGCGGCACUGGAAGCUCAGGAACGGGCAGAGAGGGAGCGGAGAGAGGCCGAGGAACGUGCUGAGCGGGAACGUAGGGAGGCCGAGGAGCGUGCGGCCGACGAGGCCACUGCUGCUUCGGCUGAUGAUGCUGCAGCUCCCGGCGAGACACAGAAUACAGACUCUUCGCAGGCUGUGGGUGGAGGAAACGAGCAGCAGCAACAACCGCCAAUCGCUGCGGCUUGA